AAGACCAAACAGAUGAUGACGAACGCAAACUGUGAUUCUCUUGAUUUAUCAUCAAAUUUGCCGGUUUUAAUGUCGAACUAUCAUCAUUCUAACUUGACUCCAUUAGACGAGAUUUUGUUGUGGCUGGAAAAUGUGAAGAAUCUUAAGCUUGGAUUCAAUCAGACACAUAAAAACAUGUUUAACAAACGUUCUUUUUCUCAAGAAGAUGAGUCAGGUGCCUUGUACUAUUCCGAGAGACCAUCUUUUUCGAUGUGUAAUCAAAAUACUACUGGUGUAUGUUUUUCCUCAUUAAUGAAGCUAAUUUGUGAAAAGUCGAGGUUGCCGUUGGGUCAAAUAUUGGAC